CAACCUCCAUCACAACCAGGGUCAUACCCUCCACCUCAGUCUGGAUACCCCUCCUCUAACACCCAGGGUUCUCCCUAUCAUCAGCAAGCGUACGGUGGAGCCCCUGCUCAGUCGCAGCAGGCCUAUAGUAAGGGCACUCCCACUGUUAGACCGGCUCAUCCCUUUGAUCCGAAGUCGGAUGCGGAGAUUCUCCGCAAGGCUAUGAAAGGGUUCGGGACAGAUGAGAAAGCUAUCAUCCAGGUGUUGACAAACCGAACCAAUGCUCAGCGACAGGAGAUUGCACACCAGUUCAAGACUAUGUACGGCAAAGAUCUUAUCUCGAAUCUGAAGAGCGAGCUGAGUGGAAAUUUCGAGGACUUGAUCUUGGCACUGAUGACACCAAUUCCUGAGUACCAGGCCAAGGAGCUGCAUCACGCCCUCAGCGGUAUCGGCACCAACGAGAACACUCUGGUGGAGUUGAUGUGUGCUGCCACCAACCAUGAGAUACAUGCCAUGCGCGGAGCUUACGAGAGAUUGUACCACACCAGUCUUGAGAAUGAUUUGACAGGUGAUACAUCCGGCUCCUUCCGCAGACUCUUGGUGUCUCUCUGCCAGGGGCGUCGCAGUGAGAACUACAUGGUUGACCAUCAUUCUGCUGUCAUGGACGCUCAGGCCUUGCUGAACGCAGGAGAGCUGCAACUAGGAACAGACGAAUCAACGUUCAACAGCAUCCUGUGUACUCGAAGCUAUCCACAGCUCAUUCAGAUUUUCAUGGAGUACCAGCGGCUGGCGGGCCACGGCAUCGAGAAAGCUAUCAAGAGCGAGUUCUCAGGUGACAUCGAGUCUGGCCUCUUGGCCAUCAUCAAGUCUGUGAAGGACAAGGCUGCGUUCUUCGCCGAGCAGCUGCAUGACAGCAUGGCCGGAGCCGGCACCAAGGACCGAGCUCUGAUACGUAUGGUAGCCAUCCGGUCUGAGAUAGACAUGGAGGACAUCAAACGGGCCUUCCACCACAAAUAUAGCAAGACUCUGGCUGACUUCAUCAGGGAGGAUUGCUCUGGGGAAAUGGAGAAGGCUCUCCUUAAUCUGAUCGAUUAAACGAGCGCGAGUGGCGCCCAGUUUAUCACAACUUAGCUUAUAUCUUGCGGCUUCUGUUACAGGACGACACCUCUGGUGAUUACAAGAAAUGUCUGCUUGCCAUUAUCGACUAAUUAUCGCGUUCUACGCCUCUAAUCUAAAUCUCUGGGUAAUCUCUCCAUGUAUCUAAUUGGCCGUUUACGACCAUAUGUGUUGUUUUUCAAAUUAAAUCUUUUAAUUGACGGAAA